CUCCGCGCGGGGGGGGCCCGGGCGGCGGCCGCCGGGGUCUCGCGGGAGGAGGUCGUCGUCAUCACGCAGUGCGCCUCGCUCGGUGGGAAGUUGCCUUUUGAUGAUGCAUCGGUGGGUGCUGUUCUAUCUGUCAUAAAAAAUGUGGAGAGCUUUGGGGAUAAGUUGGUUGCUGAAAUUAGCCGAGUGCUGAAAGCUGGUGGAAUUGUGCUGGUACAGAGCUUCACACCCUCUGCUGAUCAGAAGCCAAACAAUUAUAUCGAGCGCCAGCUACUCAUGGGAGGUUUUGUUGAAGUGCAAGCUUCUGCCACAAGCUCGCAGGAUAGUGUGCAAUCUGUUACUAUCAAGGCAAAGAAGCCCUCGUGGAGUAUGGGUUCUUCCUUCCCCCUGAAGAAAGCAGUAAAGGCUCUUCCAAAGAUUGAAAUUGACGACGAUGAUGAACUGAUUGACGAAGACAGCCUCUUGACUGAGGAGGACUUGAAGAAGCCACAGCUUCCAGUUGUAGGAGAUUGUGAGGUGGGAGCUACAAAGAAGGCAUGCAAGAACUGCAGUUGUGGCAGGGCCGAGGCUGAGCAGAAGGUGGAGAAGCUGGGGCUCACUGCAGAACAGAUUGAUAACCCUGUCUCAGCUUGUGGCAGUUGUGGGUUGGGCGAUGCGUUCCGAUGCAGCACCUGCCCAUACAGAGGCCUGGCGCCGUUCAAGUUGGGCGAGAAGGUUACCUUGUCUGACAACUUCCUCUCGGCCGACAUAUGAUGACGGACAGCAGCUGCGGAUAUGAAAUGUGCCUUGUUGGAUUUGUUGGUUCGUUAGGAAGAUAUAUCUGCGUACGUUUUUUUCGUGGUGAUGGUGGUUACAGCAAAAGAAGAGUGCGUUUGGAGUAGCAGCUCGUGUUAGCAUGUCGUGCGUGUCCUUUCUCUCCCACCUAGGCUGAAGCGAGAAUUGGAUCGUGUGUGCGCCUCUGUAUUCGGCAAGAAGAUUACAUGCAUGUAAUUUGACGAAGAAACAUAUGAUGGAAAGACUUUGGUCUGCUA